AUGGGACAGAAACCAUCUGUCCCGCAACCAGGAACAACAAUCCAAGUCAUCGGAGCCGGACUCCCACGAACUGGAACCGCAUCAUUCAGUACAGCCCUGGAUAUCCUUCUAGAAGGCCCAACCUUCCACUGCGGAACUCAAGCAACGUUAGGACCCCCUAUUCAAAUCAAAACAUGGAUUCAAGCACUCAAGCACUGGGCCGCAGGAGGUGACACGCAUCAGAAAGCCCUCCUAGAACUCCUAGCGCGCCAGUAUGAUGGUUAUGCCGCCACGACCGAUUCGCCAGGUGGCCAGCUCGUCCCUGAGUUGAUGGCCCUGUACCCGGAUGCCAAGGUAAUCUGUACUGUCCGGGAUCCGGUGUCCUGGGAGAAAUCUAUGAACCAUGUGAUGCAUUAUACGUUCCUUUGGUUCUUGCGCGGUGUGCUAUUUCCCUUGCCUGGCAUGAGACAUUUUAUAAAUUACCUCAAGUUAUUGAGCGUGCAGUGGAAGACGCUUUAUGAUGAGGAGAUUCCGACAAGGAAGACAUAUGAUCGGCAUAUUGAGUGGUUGAAGGAGGUUGUUCCUGAGCAUCGGCUUGUGUUUUAUGAUGUUAAGGAUGGGUGGGAGCCUUUGUGUAAGGCGCUUGGGAAGGAGGUUCCGAAGGAUGUGCCAUUCCCGCAUAUCAAUGAUGGGGAUGCGAUUGAGAAGAUUGCCAAACUGCAUAUUCGGAGGGGAUUGACGCGGUGGGCUUUUAUUUUGGCUGUUGGUGCCACUGGAUUGGCUUGGGCUUUGUAUCGGUAG